AUGGGACCGGUCCGACACAACCGGGUCCGGACUUUGACCCGCUCGGCAGGGGAGCACGAUUACCACUUGGUUAAAAGCCCAGUGGACCGUGGAUUAAAGCGCCGUCAGGUCAAACCGCUUGCUGCUUCUCUUCUCGAUGCCCUGGAUUAUAACAGCUCAGAUGACAGUGACUUUGAAGUGGGAGAUGCCUCAGGAUCGGAUGGGACGGGCAAAGGAAGUGAUGAGGAAGGCUCUAAACCAAGUGCUACUGGCUCUGAAAGCGACUCGGAUUCAGUCUGCUCAAUAGAUGAUGGAAUAGAAGAAGAGCCAACAGAUCCUAUUGCUGAGGAUUCCCCGGGAGAAGAUGAAGAAAAGUCCAAACGGCAGGUCUUCUUGGACACUGCUACCAAAGAUAGCGCUGCCGUAAGUCAAGCCAAAGGCAGGCGAAAGAGCAAGAAGCUUUCAGAGCCCGAGUCCAGCGCAGAAGCCGACAACGUUUCCGCCUCGCCGUCCGGGGCCGGCGGCGAGAACGUAGACGCGGCCGAGGCCGAGCCGAAAAAGUGGAACUUUCGCAGGAACCGUCCGCUGCUUCACUUUACGACCAUCGAGGAUCUAAAUGAGAUGGACGACUACGAUAGUGAAGAUGACAAUGACUGGAGACCCUCAGCCGGGAAGAAGAAAGGCAAGGCGGCCGCCCAGAAAGAGGAAGAAGACGAUGCCAGCGCGGAUGAUAACGACGGGGACGACGACGACAAGGAUGACGACGACAAGGACGACGACGAUGACGACGACGACGACGACGAUGAUGGCAUUGGUGAUGAGGAUGAUGAGGAAGAUGAAGAAAACAGUAGCAGUGAGAGUGACAAGGAGGUGAAGAAACCCAAGAAGAAGCCUAAGAAUACUAACGCUUUUGAUGAAGAAUUAACAAAUGACAGCAUGUCCCAAGGAAAAGGAAAUGAGGAUGCCUCGCUAGAUCGCUCCCAGACUUGGAGCGCUCAGCACAUCCUCAUAUGCUCUGUUUGCCUAGGAGACAACAGUGAGGAUGCAGAUGAAAUCAUUCAGUGUGACAACUGUGGCGUUACUGUGCAUGAAGGAUGCUACGGCGUGGACGGUGAGAGCGACUCUAUCAUGAGCUCGGCAUCGGAGAACUCGACAGAACCUUGGUUUUGUGACGCCUGUAAGAAUGGAGUGAUGCCGAGCUGCGAGCUUUGCCCCAACCAGGAUGGUAUCUUCAAAGAGACAGACGCGGGAAGAUGGGUGCAUGUGGUAUGUGCGCUCUAUGUUCCCGGUGUUGCGUUCGGAGAUAUAGAUAAACUACGACCGGUCACCCUCACUGAGAUGAAUUACUCCAAAUAUGGGGCCAAGGAAUGCAGUUUCUGCGAAGAUAAUCGCUUUGCAAGAACCGGCGUGUGCAUCAGCUGCGAUGCGGGAAUGUGUCGAUCUUACUUCCAUGUCACUUGUGCGCAGAGAGAAGGACUCCUAUCAGAAGCCGCUGCUGAAGAGGAUAUUGCAGAUCCAUUUUUUGCCUAUUGUAAGCAGCACGCAGAUCGCUUUGAUAGGAAGUGGAAAAGAAAAAACUACUUGGCUUUGCAGUCUUACUGUAAAGUGUCUCUGCUGGAAAGGGAGAAACAGCUCACUCCUGAAGCUCAGGCACGAAUCACAACACGCUUGCAACAAUACCGAGCAAAAGCAGAGUUGUCCAGGAACACUCGACCUCAAGCGUGGGUGCCGAGGGAGAAGCUGCCGCGACCUUUGACCUCCAGCGCCUCGGCCAUCCGGAAAUUAAUGAGAAAGGCGGAGCUGAUGGGGAUCAGCACGGACAUUUUCCCGGUAGACACGUCCGACACCAACGCUUGCAUGGACGGACGUCGGAAACACAAGCAGCCUGCCCUCACUGCCGACUUUGUCAAUUAUUACUUAGAGCGUAACAUGCGAAUGAUCCAGAUCCAGGACAACAUCUCUGAGCAGAAAGGCUUAAAAGACAAGCUUGAAAAUGAACAAGACAAACUGCACGUGGACUACAACAAGCUGUGUGAAACUCUAGAGGAGCUGCUUAACGUCAACGGAGAUCUGCGAAGCGAAGGCCAGGAAAUAUGGACUCUGCUCGGGGACAUCCUAGGCCAGAAACUAAACACUCCAGCUGUUCUGAAAGCCCCCAAAGAAAGGAAGUCUUGCAAAAAAGAGGGGGGAUCACCAGGGAAGCCAUCUAGCCUGCCGGCAAUUCUCUACAGCUGCGGCAUCUGUAAAAAGAACCAAGAUCAACAUCUGCUAGUGCUGUGUGACACCUGCAAACUGUACUAUCAUUUGGGCUGUCUGGAACCACCGCUGACACGGAUGCCCAAGAAGACCAAAAACAGCUACUGGCAAUGCUCAGAGUGUGACCAGGCAAGCAGCGAUGAAACUGACAUUGCUAUGGAGACGCUACCCGACGGUACAAAGAGGUCCAGGAGGCAGAUCAAAGGGCCGGUCAAAUUCAUCCCGCAAGAGAUGUCGCCCGAGCCCAAAAGAUCUCAAGUUAGAGGCACGAGAACCAGAGGACAGAAAAGAAAGAAUAUCCCUAUCUGCGAAGACACGGAGGAGAAGAUCGAGGAUUUGCUGCCAAGGGAGCGCAGACAACGGCAGUCGGCUGUGCUAAAAAAAAACAAAGCGGACGACGUGAGGAAUGAGUGUGCAACCAGUGACGGUGAAAAUCUUCAGGUCAGUAUACAAGCCCACGAGUACGAACAAUCAACAGCAACCACGAACGGUCGUCCGGAGGGGCCGCGGGUCACAAACGACAGGCACCUCGACCUCCCCUCGGUGGAUAAGGCCCAUUACUGCCCAUCGCACCUGCACCUUGUUCCCAUUUGUAACGCCGCCGUGUAA